CUCUCUUUUAUCUGAUUGUGGACAUCAAACGAAACAGCCACACACAAUAUCAAAGAGUAGGGAGCGCUGCAUAAAAACAGCACAUGGAUUUCCUUUUACACUACAGAAACCCCAAUUUCCAUUCUUCUUCGGUGGUUGUAACAAGCAAUAAAGUCAACAACAGAGUUAAUGGGAGAGAAGGGGAGAAGAAGAAGAACAAGAGAAACAACAACGUCAGCACUAAAGUGAAGCUCUCAACAGACCCACAAAGUGUAGCUGCAAGAGAGAGAAGGCACAGAAUCAGCGAGCGGUUCAAGAUUCUGCGAAGCUUGAUACCAGGUAGUGAUACCAGGAACAUGGAUACAGUAUCCAUGCUGGAAGAAGCCAUUCAAUAUGUCAAGUUCUUGAAAGCUCAGAUUUGGCUACACCAAACAAUGAUUAGUUUUGAGAAUUUCCAUGAUUAUGAUAAUGCUAAUAGAAAUUAUCAUCAUUAUCAAUGCUCGCAUGAAGAUCUUCUCCAGUCUGAUAAUUUCUAUAAUGAUUUCCACCACCUCUCCAGCUUGCCUCAAAUGGAAAAUGAAGUCGUACCCCAACUAGGGUUUGAAGAUGGAUCUUGCUUCAAGGUUGAAGAUGAUGAUAACAAGUUUUCUCGUUCUCAUGGUAUCAUCAUGUGAUUUAACCAUGAACUUAUGGUAUAUCUAUUAUAUAUAUAGAUAUAGAUAUUUACUUAGUUACAACUCUAGAUUUUCCUAUAUCUAUGUUCGAAGGAGCUUCUCAAGUGCAGCUUAGUUUCAUGAUGCGAUAAACAGUGUUAGAUAAUUAACAUAUAUAUGAAUGUUUUAAUUACCAUGAAUUGAUGGAACUUAACAUGCCAACCAUGUUGUAUAGUCUCUCUUCUGACGUGUAAUGAUUGCAUGCAUCAAAUAUUUUGGAUGAAUUGGAAA